GCAGCUGCUGGCGUGUUUCGUUUUCAGCAGGUUUUCAUUGAAUGCAGGGAACGGAGCGUAGGCAGGAGUCAAGGCGCUUGAAUCGAGGAAGACGAUGAAAAAUGGGGACGGCGCGCGUGUUCCAGCUGUCAUGAAUGAACAUCAACAUCGAUAAGACUGUGGUGCGCGCAACGGCACUCACUUUAAAUAGUUUGCUAGGCGGCUACGCUAGCAGCCGCUCCAUGGCUCCUGCGACCGUGAUUUCCGCGACCGAGAGCGGCGACGACAGUUUCUUGGCGGAGGACAACAACUGGCUGCUUCGACUGUUGGUGAACUUGCUCGGCUACGCAACCAUCAUCGGCCCGGGCGCCCUGAUCAUAUGCUAUGUGCGGAGGACCAAGUUCUUGGAAAACCAGGGAGGUCCCUUUGCACGCGUACUGCACUUAUUGGUGCUGGGACAUGAGCCGGACGUCAAGCCAAGCCUCGAACUGGGAGGGGGCACCGAACCGCCCCGACCGCCAAGUCGUUCCUUUCUGUCCGAGGCAUUUGUGCUGGCCUACUGUUUCCUGGGUCUGCAGAUCUCUUACUUGACCUGGGGUGUGCUACAAGAGAAGAUCAUGACACAGAAGUAUUACGAGGAAGUGCUGCCAUCGGACGGGCAGCGGUUUGGCGACUCCCAGUUCCUGGUGUUUAUCAACCGUGUGCUGGCGUUCACACUGAGCGGACUGUACCUGCUGUUCACCCAGCAGCCGCGGCACCUGGCGCCCGUGUACAAGUACUCCUACUGCUCUUUCUCAAACAUCAUGAGCAGCUGGUGCCAGUACGAGGCACUCAAGUUCGUCGCCUUCCCCACCCAGGUGCUGGCCAAGGCGUCCAAAGUGAUACCUGUCAUGCUUAUGGGACGCUUGGUGUCUCGCAAGAGCUACGACUGGCACGAGUACCUGCUUGCUCUUGGCAUUUCGGUCGGCAUGGGUCUGUUCCUUCUCUCCCGAUCUUCUGGAGGUUCCUCCUCAUCUCCGACGAGCAGUAGCCUGUCCGGACUGAUCAUCCUCGCCAGUUAUCUCUUGCUUGACAGCUUCACAUCCAACUGGCAGUCCGAGCUGUUCCGCACAUACCGGAUGAGCUCGGCCCAGAUGAUGUGUGGCGUCAACUUCUUCUCGUGCCUGCUGACGUUCGUGUCGCUGCUCCAGCAGGGGGCACUUGCGGCCUCGUUGCGUUUCAUGUUCCGCUUCCACGCCUUCUUCUACGACUGCCUUCUGCUCUCCAUCUGCUCCGCCACAGGCCAGCUUUUUGUCUUCCACACUAUUGCGCAGUUCGGACCUGUCGUCUUUGUGGUGGCCAUGACGGUGCGGCAAGCGGUCGCGGUGUUGCUUUCGUGCCUCAUCUACGGACACCGCCUAGGUGCGCUUGGCAUCGUUGGUGUUCUCAUCGUCUUUGGUGCCGUUUUCGCCAAGAUCUAUCUGCGUCAGCGUGCUGCUUGA